AAAAACAGGGGAUCUGUGAAGGUAGGCAUUUUCCGUUCAAGACGCAGAAGACACCGCAGCGAUGGCAAGAACCAAGCAGACCGCUCGCAAAUCCACCGGUGGCAAAGCCCCGAGGAAGCAGCUCGCCACCAAAGCCGCCCGUAAGAGCGCUCCCGCCACCGGCGGCGUGAAGAAGCCCCAUCGUUACAGGCCCGGCACCGUGGCGCUGAGAGAGAUCCGCCGCUACCAGAAGUCCACCGAGCUGCUCAUCCGCAAACUGCCUUUCCAGCGCCUGGUGAGAGAGAUCGCUCAGGACUUCAAGACCGACCUGCGCUUCCAGAGCUCCGCCGUCAUGGCCCUGCAGGAGUCCAGCGAGGCUUAUCUGGUCGGUCUGUUCGAGGACACGAACCUGUGCGCCAUCCACGCCAAGAGGGUCACCAUCAUGCCCAAAGACAUUCAGCUGGCGCGCCGCAUCCGCGGAGAACGCGCAUAAAUCCCGCGUUAACAUCAAACCAACGGCUCUUUUAAGAGCCACCACAUCCACUGAACGAUGUAAUUUCCCUCCUUCCCCGUACAACCGUCUAUAAUCGGUAAAGAGACGAUGAUUCAAAUGCUCAGUUAUGAGCGUGGUGCUGUUGUAGUUCACAAUAUGCCUUGUUUGUAGGCUAACGUGUAUCCCGGUGCGUGAAUGUUUUCUACUGUGUAAUGCAGCAGUGACUGCGUCUAGUUUAUAGUUAAACACGUUUUUUAUACAUGUAACCCCCAUAAGUGCCACUUCUGAAAAAAAGAAGCAAUAUAAACUAUUCAUAUACUAAUUUAGAACCCUCUAUAUUAAACCUGCAUUGUAGAAUUCAACCAAUCAUAAUUCCACAGUAGAUUUAGUAGAUCUGCCUAGCAACAAUUGAGCAUUCGAGUAAAGGAAGUUGCAAUUGGUGGAAAAAUGUUAAGCUCCGCCUUGGUUGUUUUGAGGCGCAUGAUCAAUGAGAGACAUGAGGGAAAAAAGCAGGCAGCGAAGAAAAAAACGUGAUUGAAUCCAGCGAGAUUUUUAUUAGUUGAAAGCCGCUUUUAAAGUGGAAGUUACGUAUCCGAAGGUACUGCAGAAGAUAUAUUUUUCCCUUUAAGUUAAUUUUAGGAUAAAAGGAUGUUUAUUGAAUUUCGGUGAGUGACAAUCUCCUUAAUAAUCAUACGUAGGCCACGUGCAGUUAGCAUGUGCUUCAAUUAAUAUGUUAUGGUUAAGUGUUACAUUUGUUAACAAUACUAUGAAGGUUGUGAUAAUUAAUUUCGAUAGAAUGUAAUGUAAUGAGAGAUAUUUGAUUACCAAUGAAGUGAUGUGUUAUUUUUGAGUGUUAAAAGUGGCAAGAUGCUAAAUGUUAUCUUUAAUAGAGAUGCAUAAUAACGUUGUGGUCAUCUUUUAAAGGGUGUUCACAUGAACUGGAAAUAAUAUGUUGUUAAAAGAUGUGGGAAGUGUAAUUUGGAUGCAUAUUAACUGAAUUAUGUGUGUCACUCGUUUAAUAUGUGGGAUACAUAUGUAUGUGUGUAUAUCAUUCUCAGUCAUUGUUAAAUUCCAAAGCUGAGUUACUUUAUGCUAAUUGUAUGUGCAUUAGUGCAGUUGUUCAUGACAUACUGAUGUAUACUAAUAUAUGUAUAUCAAUGUAUACAAAUCUUUUUUCGAGUCAUUUCGUUCAUCUGAGCAGAGUUAAAUUAAUGUUGCAUGUUAAUAGCCAAAUUACCCCAUAACGUUUAUUUAUGCUAGUUUUGAUCACAUAUAUAUAAUAAGAAAUAACUUAUAUUGUAGUUAGGGACAAGUUAUGAGAAAUAGUUAUUUAAUUAUUUCCUGACAGCAUUUCUGUAAAGUUAUGUAUUUAUAAUUCAUUAACAAUUUUGGGUCACUCAGGUAUGCAAUAAGGUUUACAAAUUGUUGUUUUUUACUAAAAAGUCUCAUGCAGUUUGCAGGGUUAGGGUUUACGGCGUCUGUAAAUCUUAAACGCCGUAAAACCAGGCGACUUUUGAACACCAUGCGUCUGGUUGAUGGCGAAAUAUGACCCAAACGGCUUUCCAUACAAACGGCCUUCCAUAUCAGUGAAGCGCGUGUCCAGGCUUGUAUCGCUUUAGACCAAUGACGUCAUAUAUGACGUCAGAAGCUUCGCUUCCGCCUGAGUGGUCCAAAUAAUGGCUUGAAAUAAAUGCGUGUAAAUCAAUUAAGUUAAUUACACAGUUAUGUUAUACAAUAAUUAUAUUAUAUACCACCAGAAAAUACACAUUAUAUUCAUAUAAAUAUAUGAGUCUAUGUGGUAAUUGAUAUUUUUUCUUCACCGUUAUUUCUUAGCCUUAACCGGCGCAAAAUACAGUGUAUCACAGACCACAUCAGGCACAUCUGUAAUGUAUCUGCAUGUUUUACCCUCUUUGGCCACCAGAUGGUACUGUGAGCAAAUGAAGCCUCGAGAAAUGACCCCUUUUGUGAACCACUCGGCUAAAAAGCUUCAUCUCGCCACCACUACUCGUUUCGUUUUCCCGGUGGCGCUUCGGAGAACUCUUUUUCAACUGAUAAGAUUAACCUGUUGUGCUGCACACUUCUGGUGCUCGAUAAAGAAACACCAUCAUUGUCGCCUGCCUAGUUUUAAACGUAAGCGCGUGCAAUAGAUUGCGAGUAACGCAUAAAAGGGUGUAAUAC